AUGAUAACAAACAUUUAACAAGAUUAGCAGCAGUAAAUUAGUCAAAAGCAGAUCAAUCCUCUAGUUUUUUCGGCAAGAGGAUAAGUUAAUAUUAUGAUGGAAGAAAUUAAUGAAUAAGAAAAAUACUUUUAAAGCCAAUAGAUAAAAUAAUAAAUUAAAGUAGCUUAGGCUAUGAACAACGCUUAAGUUUUAAGCUAAUUGCUAGAAGCAAGUGAAGCUCACAAUCAAAAAUUGAGAGAUUUAAUAGAAAUUAUGAAAACAAAUCAUACAAAUGAGAUUAAUAGAAAUUAUUAGCUCCAAAUGGCAACAGAAAAUUUAAAUAAAAAUUUAAGUGAAAGACAAUCUUUUAUUUAACAUCUAGAAAAAAGUUUGAAUGAUCAUAGAUAAAGAGAGUGUGUCUACAUUGAGAGAAUAGCUGAACUCGAAGAAAAAAUAUGUUUAUUGGAAAAGUAGAAUCAAAAAUUAAGUACAUCGAAUACAAUCAUGGCAAAUAACUAAGCAACAAAUAAUUAAAUGACUUAUUUCCUAUAGACCACCAGCAGACAGUAGAUUCCCCUUCCUGAUUAGGCAUUUAAUAACAAUAAUAACACUAACUUGAGCAGUGGAUUUCAAAUGUUAAAUGAAAAUUAAACAAAUAUAAAUACAUUCUAUAAUAAUCAAGAUAUAAAUAAAAUGCCUACUGAAAAUAAAAUUUUAACAAAUGGUAUGAAUUAUCAAGCCACAUAAAAUAGCAACAAUAGUGCUUUAAGCAUCUAAAAUAACUUGAAUUCUUCAAGUCUCCCAUUCAAACAGUAGACAUUCUUUUAGAAUAAAGUUCUCAAUGAUAAUUUUGAUUCUCAAAAUAUAUUAAGUACUGAUUUAUAAACACAAGUGUCAACAUAGAAUAAGAAUGUAUAGUAAUAAUAAUCUUAUCCAUCUAGUAGCUUACAGGUUGUAACACUGGCUGCUGACUAAGAGUAGAGUUAUAAUACAUUACCGUAUAAGCCAAACUAAAUUACAAGUAACCUAACAAGAACUUAGUCAUUUAUCUCUCAUUCGUCAAAUCCUUUAAUAUAACCUUAAUUAUUAUAACAAUAGUAGUAGUAGUAGUCGUCUAACCUUUCAAACAGCAAUAUUUUAUCUAACAGUAGAUCUACAAGCUCAAAUGUAUAGUCGAGCAACCAAUAAAAUAAUAAUUCAAAUAUAAACAAUAAUAAUAAUAAUAAUCUAUGCAGUGACAACUCUGACUAAAGUUUAAAUUCAUAAGCUUACAAGAAAAAAAUAGAAUAAAUUCUUUAAAGAGAAAAUUAAGCUUAAUCCCUCGGAUAAGGCAAGUAGUAAAUAGUAUCUACCAAAGACAAUACUAGAUCAACUUCUCAGAUUAACUCUUACAAUAACAGUUCUAAUUUUAAUGGGUAAUACAAUUCAGUAAUUCCUUUAAAUAUCAACACUAGUACGAUGAACUAGCAGUAUUCAACAAAUGGAUCAAAUUAAUUGAAUACAAACAGACAGAACUAAAAAUAAUCUAAAAAUUAAGCUGACAAUAAAAAUAAACUUUUAAAUUUAUCAAGCAAAUAGAAAGAAAAUUUUUCAUUCUCAAAGACUCCAAAGAAAUAAAACAACUCUUAAAAUUUCUAAACUCGUACUACAAAUUAGAUUCAAGAGAACACAGACCAAAGCUCAUAAUUAACAAAUUUAUAAGCAUAUGAAAAUAGUUAAAGUACGCCAUUAAAAUCAUCAAAAAGCUAAAAUAAAAUUACUAACGAGUAAAAUUAGCAACAAAAUUAUAUAACUCAAAAUACUGUUUAAGUGUAAUAAAAUUCGUAUUAGCAAUAUUAAGUGUCACAUGGAUUAACUAGGAAUCAGUCAUAGCUAAGCAAUUUACUAUCAACUACAAAUGUGAGUAGCAAUAAUAAUGGUAAGGAGUAUUAAAGAAGUUUAAGCUAAAUAAACUUUUCUAACUAUGAUAAUUCUUAAAAGACUAAUUAAAAUUAAUUAAAUAAAGACAGUAACCAUAUUUCUCCAAUUUUAGCAAGUCUACAAAAUUAUUAAAUACAAACUCAAAAAGAGUAAGCUCAAAAUCAAUAAAUUAAUCCUUUAUCUACAACUUCUAUAACUACAAUUUAAAAUCCUAAUAAUCAAAGGAAUAUUGGUAUAAGCUAAAACACACUUCCAUUAAAUAGCUACUAACAAAAUUCUACUAAAAACUAAAAAGUAUUUGCUUAAAAUUAAUCAGAUAACAAUAUGCCUCCUCCCACAUAAAACUAAUCAUAAACUCCAAAGUCCUAGAAUUAAAAUUUAACUAAAAUAAAAGGAACAAGAUAAUAAUUUUCAAACACUCUUUUUUCUGAUAAUAAUAAUAAUAAAUAAAACUCCUCUCAACUUACGAAUUAACCUAAACCAUAAAGUUAAAACUAAGAUAGUGGCUAAAAGAAUAAUUCACAAUAAUUACAAAAUGCGAAUUAAAAUGAAAUAUUGAACCAAGGAUUAUCAGCUUAGCCAUCUCCUAAUAAUUAAGAUGCUAACUUCUAAAAUGGGAUAUUUUAAAAUUAACCUUCAUAUAAUGUAAAAAAUACUAAAGGAGGAGCAUCUUUACAUUCAAAUUUCAACACUAAUAGAUCUGCUUCUACAGAUAGAAAUGUGAUUGCUUAAUCUCUUCAAGGAAUAGCAGUAAAUAGUUAAAACUAAAAUGAUUUACUUGCAACUUCUAGUCAUAAAUAAAAUAGUAAUAAUAAUAAUUAUUAGAGUUCUCUUAGACUACUAGAUGGAAGCUGUCAUUCAGGACAAACAACCCCUCAAAACUCAAAAGGAAGCACUCUAAAUAGACCAAAGGAAACUUAUUUCUAAUCAAUAGAGCAGAGAUCAAUAAGCAGUCAUGGAUAGACAUAAUUAAACAUGCAUAGGAGAAACUUAACACCAAACUAAAUUAGUAGCUAUAACAAUUAAGUCAAUAAGCACAACAGAUUCACUAGCUACACUUAAUAUGCCCAAGGAGGAAAUAUUUAAAACAAUAACUAUUAAUAAUCCAACUUGAACCCAUUACCAAUUUCUGCUACAAGCACUCCAAAAUCUUGCAAAAAAAGUAAUCCAAUAAAUAUUUAAUAAAAUUAAAUUGAAGAAGGUUUAGAUUUAGAAUCUAGUCCAACAAUUUUUAAGAAAGUUGAUGAAAAAUAUUCAAAUAGUUUUAAUUUAAAAAAUGCCACUCACUCUAAGCCUUAAUCCCAUAAAUAACUGCAGCAACCCCAGUCUUAUUAAGAAACUAUUGAAACUAUGCAAUCUCAGUAACAUUUCUGUGCCUACUCUGAAGAAAAUGCGUUAUUUUCUAACAGAAAUUAUAAUUUUUCUAAUAUAAUUAAAACAAUUUCAACUAACAGUAAUAAUAAAAACAUAAAAGAUGAAGCAGAAAACAAAAAUAAAAUCAACUUAUAAGGUGGAAAUUAAAAUAAUUAGAAUGUUUCAGAUAAUAAAAAUGAGAGAGGUAAUGAUGCAUAUAUCAGAAACUUGCUUAGUAAUUAAAAAGAUUAUAAAUAUCUUGAGGGAGACAAUGAUACAAAAAUGAGUUAAGAGAGUAUGAGUGUUAUGAGCAGCUGCAUGCUUGUUAAUAAUGAACAUUCCUUAGUUUAUGAUAAGAGUUAAAAUGGAUUUGAAAACCAUGAAGAUGGAGCAAUAAAUUAAAUUAUUGAUUCACAUCAGCUGUUGACUAAAUAUUCAAAUAUAAAUCUUAAGAUUAAAGAUUUUUCAAGCAAAAAAAGUGCUCUUUUUUCAAAGGAAGCAUCUCAAGCUUCAUCAAACUACAUUCCUACAAAGCUUUAUGAAGAAUUUUUUAUCACAGGUCCUAAUAAUAGUGAUGUUUAAGAGUGUAUCAAGUAACUAGCUUAAAGAAAUUAGAAUAAUAAAAAUAUUAAUGAAAAAUAAGCUACUACAGAAGCUAAAGUUCUCUAUCACUACAGAAACCCAAAUAAUAUUAGUAGCAAUCCAAACUAGAAUUACUCAUCCCAAAGUAAAAUUAUUAACGAAUUUGUUUUUCCUUUUGGCUGCCAAAUUAAAUAACUUAAAAUGACUAAUUCCUUUUCUUCAAUAAAUGAAAUACUGUUUGCGAACAAUUCUAUUGAAUAAGGUAGCAGCAGCGUUUCUUGCUUUGUCCUUGCUUUUAAACCUGAUAAUGAUACCAGUUCUUAAUAUAGCUUAAAUUAGUCUGCUCAAGUAAGUUAAUCUUUCCCCGUUUACUACUCAAGGGUACUCUAGCUUUUAGAGAAGAUAAACCCAAGCAAAACCCUGUAUUGCGUUUGCUUCAAGGUGAAGGAUUUUGUUGAAUCAACAAAGUUAGACAGCUCUACAAUAGCUAACAAUAACAUCACCAAUCUUUAAAAGUCUUACUCAACAAGUAAUAUUGGAAAAUAGAAAAUGAAAUUUUGGUAAACAGAAAAAGUAUUCUGCUUUGUGACUUAUUUUCCAUUUGUAAAAUUCUUCCUAUAAAUUAUCACAACUGUUUUAAAUGUGAUUAAGAUAAAGCGUAUUAAAACAUAUAAUGAGCGCCUUGAUACUAUCCCAAACACUUUAUCAAACAUAGACUCUGAUUUCUUAACAAACACCUUCAUAUAAUUAUCUGAAAAGCUACUAUAAGAAUUAGCUCAUAAGGAUUUGCCAGAUUUUAAUUCGUCUCUCCAUUUUAAUAUUUAAAAUGAAAGGAUAAUAUCUAAAAUACCAAGUGCUUUACAUGCAGGUAGAUUAGAAUGCGAAUGGGGAAUAUACAAAGCUUUGUAACAAUUUGAUAUAAACAAUUUUUUGUUUUUGUUUUUAUCUCUUUUGUUAGAGCACUCUUUAGUUUUUGUUACUAAAAACAUAACUUUACUAACAUCUACCUUAUUACUGUUUUCCAAUUCCAUUCUAAAACCUUUAAAGUGGAUUAAUCCGAUGAUUUUCAAUCUUCCAUAAAAGCUCCUACCUAUUUUAGACAGCCCCGUACCAAUUUUGGUAGGAAUAAACAAAGAUAUUUCGUACAUUCAAAAAGAAAAAAUAGACUAAGAAUUUAGCAAUUGCGUUUUUAUUUAGCUUGGUAGCAGCUUUAAAGUAUUAAACUCCCAAAUAGUGCAAGAUAUUACACUAGAGAUGUUUAAUGAAAUAAAAGAAAAGAUAGAGCCUAAUUUUAAAAAGAUUCAAAGUCAUAGCCAAAAGGGUGGACCUUUAUAAGAACAUGAAGAAUUAGAAAUAAAAGAAGAUUGUUUUGCUUUACUUGAAACAUUAAACCAAUAUAUAGGUGAUAUUCUAAACAAGAUGCCUUCUAACCCCAUCUACUCUAAUAAUCAAAAUAGCCUUUUAGAUUAUGAACAGAUAACAAAUUAAACUAUCCAAAAUAUAGGAAAGCAUAAAAAAUUUUUAAAAACUCUUUUUAAAACACAAAUGAUUACAUAUUACAUUGAAGAAAAAUAUAAAAAACUACCUUUAUGA